ACCUACUACCUACCUACCUACCUACCACCCCUCAUGAAUUCAGUCACCCAUCCCCGAUCCAUCGAACAGGAAACCGCCUGUGUUUGACCAACCAGCCAGUGAGCUGAGCACAAGGGUGAGCGAGACCUUGAUCCAUCGAACAGGAAACCGCCUGUGUUUGACCAACCAGCCAGUGAGCUGAGCACAAGGGUGAGCGAGACCUUGAUCUCUCGGGUCGCCCUUGUUGGCUACCACCGCCGCCAUCACCACCACCACCACCACCACCAACACCAACACCAACACCACCCCCUCCCCCUUCCCACCCAUCAGCCAUGGCGAUCUGGCCGUUCGGCCGCAAGAAUAAGCGGCAUACGAUUCAGUUUGGGACCUCGGAUACCGCAGGGAUCCCGUCCCUGUCUACCUCAGAGUCCGCGCCCGGACUAGUCAGGAAACCAUCUCGCAAGCGAUCCAAGCGUCAGAAGCAACAGCGAUACUCGCAACCCCCGGAGGACGGGUCCUUUACCGCCGCGCCCUUUUAUCAUACCGGUGGCCCCCUAUCCGAGGUUGAUGGGCACUCCAAGAAGAGCAGCAGUCGGAAUCCCUCGGUGCGCCACGACCUGCAUUUCGAUGACCACACCUCUCGCUCGAGUGUGGGGGGAGGACAACAUGAGAAGCACCAGGGGGGGUCCGUCAUCGGGAGGACUUCGUCGAUACUCCGACGGAAACCCAGCCAGAGCAACAACAACAAUAACAAUAAUGGGCCCUCAGUACUGCGGAGGAAGUUGAGCAAACGAAAAGCCAACGAGAUCGCCAGAGAGCACGAGAUCCGUCUGCUGUCCUCCUCUCCCAUCGAUAUCCCCCGGCGACCCGUCGCCCUGGUUCACGAUAACUUUUCCGUCGAUACCGGCCGCACACCCCGGGCGACCAGUCGACGCUCCGACCGUCAUCUCUCCGCCGAUCCGGGCCUUUUCAUCCGCGACUCCGCCGCUUCCUCCAUGACUGACAUCUCCGAGUCAUAUACCUUCAAAGUCAACGCGUUUGCUGCCUGGACGCCGCGACCGGCCAUCCGCUACGUCGAGACUCCCCGCACCCCCCGUGCACUGUCGGCGGCCUCCACACGGCGUGAGAAACGGCCGGUCCUGUCCAUCUCCGAAGAGGACAUCCAGUCAAAGAAGCGGGUCGAGGAGCUGGCUGAUGAUCUGGACGCCGGGGCCUUGAGAGAACUGUUGGAACGGGAUCGGCGUCGCCGCGAGCGGAAGCGAUUGGACGAACAGGAACGCCUACAACGCCGACUUCAACGCCGAGCCGAGCGACAGCAGCAGGAGGACCGCCGGGCCGCCGAAGAACUGUCCACUGGCCAUGUCACUGACGAGGGUUUCGUGGAGGUCCCUCGUGGCAGGUCAAUCAUAACAAAUGCUACUACUACCACCACCACCACCACCACCACUACCACUACCACCUCCACCAACGCCGACGAUUUCAUCUCGGCGGACCCUUCCACUCGUGCGGGAGAGCCACGAGACCGUGAGGUCGUUGCGGCUGCUCCGACUAACCCAACAGGCUCCUGGCUCCGUGACCCCUCCAAGGAUAGCAAACGCAUGAGCCAGGAGUCCUUUGAGAGCGUUCACGUGAUAGGAAACCUGGAUGACAGCUCUAUCCGGGCGAAGAGACUGGGCCAGCGCCGGAGCCUGGCCCUCUCGCAGAGCACCGUUUCGGAUUCACCCCGGCGCCACGGAAUCGGCAGUGCCAACACCUCGCAGAUCUAUGACAUGGCGCGCGAGUCGACCUCGGACGUCUCGCGGACGAUCGACUCGGAACGACGCUUGUCGGAUACCAGCGGGAAACACAUGAGCUCGCUCUCGUCCUUCUUCCGCCGGGGCAGCUCACGACUCAAGCGGAGCUACCGGGAACGCGUGCACGACCACGCCUCCGACUUCUCCAACACCUCUCACGAAUCCUUUUUCAAGGUCCAAUCCCAACAAUCUUCUGGCCCGCCACCCUACACAGCACCCAAGACUUUCCUCCGUCCGGGCACAAUUCAGCGGCCCUUCUCCAAAUUCACCGAACAUUUUGACGAUGAUGAGCCCAUGUCUCCGCCAGACUCGCGUCUACAGUCCCCAGAUAUCCCAGAGACGAUCUUCGACCACUCUCCUCCGGACGAAGGGGAGGUGGUGGUGGAGGAGGAGGAGGAGGAGGAGGAGGAGGACACCUACCUGCACGUCGGUACCGACAUUCCCGUCUCAUCCGUCGCGAAUAAUUCGAAUGAAAGCUCAAGUCGUCACCGGUCGUGGGUCGUGGACAGCUUGGAUGCCGCCGCAGUGGCGGCCGAUAAUGUACCGUUGUCUCAGUCCCUGGCUUCGAUCGACUCGGAAGGCUCCUGGAUGUCCGGGCAAUUCCUACGUCGGAUCUCGAAGCGAGCCAGCACCAACCCCCGGGGCUCCAGCCUCGCAUCUACAAGCCGGUUCGCGGAUGGAGAGCAGCAGCAGAAACAGCUCCCCGGUGAGGACUACUUUGCCCGGUUCACGCCGUCCGGCGAUGAUGACGAUGAAGGUGACGACGACGACCACCAUCACCACCAUCACCACGACGACGAGGCACGGGAGUCGCCUGAAGACGACACGGUCAAUUUCGAGGUCGACUUGACUACUACAUCUCGACUGUCCCCCGCCGACGAAGCGGAGGAGACCUGGCAUGAGGAAGUUGCCAAGCGGCCGACGAUUGUCAAUCCCAUCCUUCGUCCCAAAUCCAACCAGGGGCUUUUAAACUACGUCUCAAUGAUUUCUGACGAGUCAUUAUUUCUAUUUACUAUUAUUCAUUGAUUCAGUAUCUCCCAGAUACUUGUACUCUAUUCUAAUUCCUCUUCUGCUCAUUUUUUACCUCCCCCCAUUCUCUCUCUCUCUCCCUCUCAAACCCCUCAUAUUGCUUUGCAUAGCAUUCCCCAUCUCACCCUAGUCACUCUUUACCUACCACCUUUCCUUUGUCUAGACAUAUGACUUCCAAGGGGCCAUGAUUGCCUCUAUGAACCCCAUCACCUUAAAGUACCCUGUACCUAAAUACUACUACUAGCCAGGCCAACUCCACAGCAUUCCAGAC